UUCACAGAUCUACAAUGCAGUGAGAAGGGGACAAGAAACAGAAGAUACAAUUGGAUCUCUUCUCCAUUUCUUCACAAAGCUCCCAGCCUCUGAGAGAGCCCAUGAAAGGAUUAGCAUUGGUCCAUGCUUAAAGCAAUGUGUCCAAGACACUGUCUGUGAAUAUCGUGCCACCCUCCAAAGGACUUCCAUAUCUCAGUACAUCACCGGUUCUCUCCUAGAAGCAACCACAUCUUUAGGAGCAAGAAGUGGCCUUCUCAAUACUUUUGGAGGAUCCACUGGACGAAUGAUGCUGAAAGAACGCCAACCGGGCACCUCUAUGGCCAAUUCUAGUGCCCUCCCUUCAAGUUCAGCUGGGAUCAGCAAGGAACUGAUUGAUCUGCAACCCCUCAUCCAGUUCCCAGAGGAGGUCGCCAGCAUCCUGAUGGAGCAGGAGCAGAAUAUUUACCGGAAGGUCUUGCCAGUUGACUAUCUUUGCUUCUUGACCCGGGACUUGGGCACUCCGGAAUGCCAGAGGUCCCUGCCCUGCCUCAGAACGUCCAUCUCAGCAUCGAUUCUUACCUCCCAGAAUGGAGAGCACAAUGCCCUUGAAGAUCUUGUGAUGAGAUUUAAUGAGGUGAGCUCCUGGGUGACGUGGGUAAUCCUCACAGCGGGCUCCAUGGAGGAGAAGCGGGAAGUCUUCUCGUAUUUGGUGCACGUGGCCAAAUGCUGCUGGAACAUGGGCAACUACAACGCCGUCAUGGAGUUCUUGGCCGGCCUCCGGUCGAGAAAAGUUUUAAAAAUGUGGCAGUUUAUGGACCAGUCUGACCUGGAGACCAUGAGGAGCCUGAAGGAUGCCAUGGCUCAGCACGAAUCUUCCUGUGAGUACAGGAAGGUGGUGACGCGGGCGCUGCACAUCCCUGGCUGUAAGGUGGUUCCGUUCUGUGGGGUGUUUCUGAAGGAGCUCUGUGAAGCACUGGACGGAGCCUCCGGCCUCAUGAAGCUUUGCCCGAGGUACAAUUCCCAAGAAGAAACUCUAGAGUUUGUAGCCGAUUACAGUGGACAAGAUAAUUUCUUACAACGUGUGGGACAAAAUGGCUUAAAGAAUUCAGAGAAGGAGUCUACUGUCAACAGCAUCUUUCAGAUCAUCAGGAGCUGCAGUCGAAGUCUGGAGACCGAGGAGGAGGACAGCCCCAGUGAAGGGAGCAGCUCUAGGAGAAAUUCCUUGAAGGAUAAAGCCAGAUGGCAGUUUAUAAUUGGAGAUUUGCUGGAUUCUGAAAAUGACAUCUUUGAGCAGCCCAAAGAAUGGGACCCUCAUGGAUCAGAAGAGCCACAGAAGGCCUUUGACCAUGGGACAGAGCUCAUCCCGUGGUACGUGCUGUCCAUCCAAGCUGAUGUGCACCAGUUCCUGCUGCAGGGGGCCACGGUCAUCCACUAUGACCAGGACACGCACCUCUCUGCCCGCUGCUUCCUCCAGCUUCAGCCUGACAAUAGCACAUUGACCUGGACGAAGCCCACUACUGCCUCCCCAGCCAGUGCUAAAGCAAAACUUGGUGUACUUAGUAACACGUCCGAGCCUGGCAAAUUCCCAUUACUGGGCAAUGCUGGAUUAAGUGGCCUGGUGGAGGGGGUCUUGGAUCUGUUUUCAGCAAAGGCUGUGUACAUGGGACACCCUAGCAUUGAUAUACACACUGUGUGUGUUCAGAACAAACUGGGUAGCAUGCUUCUCUCAGAGACUGGUGUAACACUGCUCUAUGGGCUUCAGACCACGGACAAUAGAUUAUUGCACUUUGUGGCACCAAAGCACACAGCUAAAAUGCUCUUCAGCGGAUUGUUGGAACUCACGAAAGCUGUGAGAAAGAUGAGGAAGUUCCCUGACCAAAGACAGCAGUGGCUGCGGAAACAAUACGUCAGCCUCUAUCAGGAAGAUGGACGGUAUGAAGGCCCAACUUUGGCUCACGCCGUGGAGUUGUUUGGUGGCAGACGAUGGAGUACUCGAAACCCCAGCCCUGGGACAUCAGCAAAGAGUGCUGAGAAGCCCGGUGUGCAGAGAAACAACACCUUGGGCAUAAGCACCACCAAGAAAAAGAAGAAAAUCCUCAUGAGGGGUGAGAGUGGAGAGGUAACCGACGACGAGAUGGCCACACGAAAGGCCAAAACGCAGAAAGAGUGUCGCAGCCGGAGUGGUUCUGACCCUCAAGAUGUUAAUGAACAAGAAGAGUCGGAGGCAAAUGCCAUCACAAGCCCUCCUAACCCUCUCCCUUCCAGAAGAGCCCACUCUUUGACCACGGCUGGGUCCCCUAACUUGGCUGCCGGGACAUCAUCUCCCAUCAGGCCAGUGUCUUCCCCUGUGUUGUCUUCUUCAAACAAGAGCCCGUCCAGUGCUUGGAGCAGCAGCAGCUGGCAUGGGCGGAUCAAAGGAGGAAUGAAGGGCUUUCAGAGCUUCAUGGUUUCAGACAGUAACAUGAGUUUCGUUGAAUUUGUUGAGCUGUUCAAAUCAUUCAGUGUAAGGAGCCGCAAGGACCUGAAGGAUCUCUUUGAUGUCUACGCUGUGCCGUGCAACCGAGCUGGCUCUGAGUCGGCCCCACUCUACACCAACCUCACAAUUGACGAAAACACCAGUGGUCUUCAGCCUGACCUAGAUCUGUUGACCAGAAAUGUCUCGGAUUUGGGGUUGUUCAUUAAGAGUAAACAACAGCUGUCAGACAACCAGAGGCAGAUAUCUGAUGCCAUUGCUGCUGCAAGUAUCGUGACGAAUGGCACUGGGAUCGAGAGCACAUCCCUGGGCAUAUUUGGGGUUGGCAUACUCCAGCUCAAUGACUUCCUUGUGAAUUGCCAAGGAGAACAUUGCACAUAUGAUGAAAUCCUCAGCAUCAUCCAGAAGUUCGAGCCCAGCGUUAGUAUGUGUCAUCAGGGCCUAAUGUCGUUUGAAGGAUUUGCAAGGUUUCUGAUGGAUAAAGAUAAUUUUGCCUCGAAAAAUGAUGAGUCGCAGGAGAACAUUAAAGAAUUGCAGCUGCCUCUCUCUUACUAUUACAUCGAAUCUUCCCACAAUACCUACCUCACAGGCCAUCAGCUCAAAGGAGAAUCCUCAGUAGAACUCUACAGCCAGGUCCUCCUGCAAGGCUGUAGGAGCAUAGAGUUGGACUGCUGGGAUGGAGAUGAUGGGAUGCCCAUCAUUUAUCACGGACAUACACUGACAACCAAGAUCCCCUUCAAGGAGGUGGUUGAAGCCAUUGAUCGAAGUGCCUUCAUCAACUCUGACCUGCCAAUCAUCAUAUCGAUUGAGAACCACUGUUCAUUGCCUCAGCAACGAAAAAUGGCAGAAAUUUUCAAGACCGUGCUUGGAGAAAAACUGGUGGCUAAAUUCUUAUUUGAGAGUGAUUUCUCAGAUGAUCCAAUGCUUCCCUCACCUGACCAACUUAGAAGAAAAGUGCUUCUUAAAAAUAAGAAGCUAAAAGCCCAUCAGACGCCAGUGGAUAUCUUAAAGCAAAAGGCUCAUCAGUUAGCAUCCAUGCAAGCCCAAGCUUAUAAUGGUGGGAAUGCCAACCCUCCACCUACUAAUAACGAGGAAGAGGAAGAUGAAGAGGAUGAAUAUGAUUAUGACUAUGAAUCCCUCUCUGAUGACAACAUUCUGGAAGACAGACCUGAAAAUAAAUCAUGUAAUGACAAGCUUCAGUUUGAGUAUAAUGAAGAAAUCCCCAAGAGGAUAAAGAAAGCAGAUAACUCUGUUUGCAAUAAAGGAAAGGUUUAUGACAUGGAACUGGGAGAAGAAUUUUAUCUUCCUCAGAAUAAAAAGGAAAGCAGACAGAUUGCACCAGAGCUCUCUGACCUCGUCAUCUAUUGCCAAGCAGUAAAAUUUCCAGGCCUGUCAACUCUAAAUGCAUCUGGCUCUAGCAGAGGAAAAGAAAGGAAAAGCAGGAAGUCCAUUUUUGGCAACAAUCCGGGCAGAAUGAGCCCUGGGGAGACAGCAUCACUUAACAAAACAUCUGGAAAAAGUUCCUAUGAAGGAAUGCGACAGGCCUGGGAGGAAUCUUCUUCCUCCCUCAACCCAACCACGUCCCUCAGCGCUAUCAUUAGAACUCCCAAAUGUUACCAUAUCUCAUCGCUGAAUGAAAAUGCCGCCAAACGUCUGUGCCGCAGGUAUUCUCAGAAACUGAUCCAGCACACCGCCUGCCAGCUGCUGAGGACUUACCCGGCUGCCACCCGCAUCGACUCCUCCAACCCCAACCCCCUCAUGUUCUGGCUCCAUGGGAUACAGCUCGUGGCUCUCAACUACCAGACAGAUGAUCUCCCUUUGCAUUUAAAUGCUGCCAUGUUUGAGGCCAAUGGUGGCUGUGGUUAUGUUUUGAAACCCCCAGUUCUGUGGGACAAGAACUGUCCUAUGUAUCAGAAGUUUUCUCCCUUGGAAAGAGACCUGGACAACAUGGAGCCUGCUGUCUAUUCUUUAACUAUUGUCUCUGGUCAAAACGUGUGCCCGAGUAACAGCACGGGAAGCCCGUGCAUUGAAGUGGACGUCCUUGGCAUGCCCCUAGACAGCUGCCAUUUCCGCACGAAGCCCAUCCAUCGAAAUACCCUGAACCCCAUGUGGAACGAACAGUUUCUCUUCCGAGUUCACUUUGAAGAUCUCGUAUUUCUCCGUUUUGCGGUUGUGGAAAACAACAGCUCGGCGGUAACCGCUCAGAGGGUCAUUCCACUCAAAGCUUUAAAACGAGGAUAUCGACAUCUUCAGCUACGAAACCUCCAUAAUGAAGUCUUGGAGAUCUCUAGUUUAUUCAUAAACAGCAGAAGGAUGGAAGAAAACUCCUCUAGCAGUACUCUGCCAGCCUCUUUGAUGUUUAAUACGGAAGAAAGAAAAUGUUUGCAGACUCAUAGAGUCACGGUACAUGGGGUCCCUGGUCCAGAACCCUUUACUGUUUUCUCUAUAAAUGGAGGCACCAAGGCAAAGCAGCUUCUCCAACAAAUUCUGACCAAUGAACAAGACACCAAACCUAUUGCCACAGACUGUUUUUUGAUGGAAGAAAAAUAUUUCAUAUCUAAAGAGAAGAAUGAAUGCAGGAAACAACCAUUCCAGAGAGCCAUUGGUCCAGAAGAAGAGAUCAUGCAGAUUUUAAGCAGCUGGUUUCCAGAAGAGGGAUAUGUUGGCAGGAUUGUCUUGAAAACCCAGCAGGAAAACCUAGAAGAGAAGAACAUUGUUCAAGACGACAAGGAGGUGAUCUUGAGCUCGGAGGAGGAGAGUUUCUUUGUCCAGGUGCAUGACGUUUCUCCAGAGCAACCUCGGACAGUCAUCAAAGCACCUCGCGUCAGCACGGCGCAGGAUGUCAUUCAGCAGACCUUAUGCAAAGCCAAAUAUUCCUAUAGCAUCCUGAGCAACCCCAACCCGAGUGACUAUGUGCUUUUGGAAGAGGUAGUGAAAGACACUACCAACAAGAAGUCUUCUACCCCCAAGUCCUCCCAGCGGGUCCUUUUGGAUCAGGAGUGUGUGUUUCAAGCGCAAAGCAAGUGGAAAGGUGCAGGAAAAUUCAUCCUUAAGCUAAAGGAGCAAGUGCAGGCAUCCCGAGAAGACAAAAGAAAAGGUAUAUCUUUUGCAAGUGAAUUCAAGAAGCUCACCAAGUCAACUAAACAGCCCCGAGGACUCACGUCACCUUCUCAGGUCUUGGCCUCAGAAAGUGUCCAAAGCAAGGAGGAGAAGCCUGUGGGCAGCUUGUCCCCCAGUGACGCGCUAGACUAUCGCCAGUGACCAAGGGUGGCACGUUUUACCCAGGUGGUAUCUUUUGGCAGGAAGUUAAAGUCAAGAACGAACAUGGUGGAAACAAAUAUAAUUCCCUUAUUUUCCUUAAACUGGAAACUGAUGACUUCUGAACUGAAGCCUUCUUCUCACAUGAUGUGAGGUCCACAGUGAGGGCAAGCAAAAUGGCACAGGGCUAGCUGCCAACCAAUUUCCUGAUGAAUGAAGCAAGGAAGCCCAGGAGACUGCCAUUUUACGAACGUCAACAGUUGGGAAAACCAGUGCUAAGCUAACAAUAAUUGACUUAGAACAAGGGUCAGCAAACUUUGUAAAGGGCCAGAUAGUAAAUAUUUGAGGCUUUAUGGGCCAUAUGGUCUCUAUUGCAACUACUCAACUCAGCCAUUGUAGCGCAACAGCAGCCUUAGACAACACAUACAUGAACAAGCGUGGCUCUGUUCUAAUAAAACUAUUUACA